UACAGUUAAAGAAAAGGCGAGGUAGGUGAAUAGUGUUGUGAUUUAUUACCGCUUGCUUAAGAAGAAGGAGCAGUUCCUCGAAAGAAAGCAAACGGGAAAUAACUCUUUAUGAACAGGAAUUGAAAUGGCAUUAGUUCCGUAUGAUGCUUCUGUGGUAUCAGGUCUGUGGAAGUUUCGUGAUUCUUCAGCCACAUUUAAUUUUGCUGAGCACACAAUCCAUAUUAAACAGAAUUGGAAAGAACUGGGCGUGGCUGCAGUUGUGUGGGAUGCUGCUGUCAUUCUCUGCAUGUACCUGGAGUCGGGAGCUGUUCAAAUAAAAGGCACCUCAGUUAUUGAACUGGGAGCAGGAACAGGACUGGUUGGAAUAGUCGCUGUGCUGCUUGGUGCUACUGUGACCAUCACUGACAGGAAAGUCGCCAUGAAUUUUCUGGAGUCCAAUGUCCGAGCAAACUUACCUGCAGGUCUUCAUUCCAGAGCUCAAAUCAAGGAGUUGACGUGGGGACACCAACUGGAACAUUUCCAGAAAGGAGGCUUUGACCUGAUUUUAGGAGCUGACAUUAUCUACUUGGAGGAAACUUUUGAAGAUUUAUUAAAAACACUAGAACAUCUCUGCUCUGAUAAAACAGUUGUAUUGCUGUCCUGCCGCAUUCGGUAUGAAAGAGAUGAAAAUUUCCUGAAGAAACUUGGAACUACUUUCUUUGUAGCUCAGGUCCAUUAUAAUAAAGAGAAGGAUGUCUACAUUUUUCGAGCAGAAAAGAAAAAGAACCUAAAGGAAGACUUGUAGCAGAACUGUGUGACUGUACACAUUUCAGUAGUACUGGUUAUAUUAACCAAGCCCAAUACAGAAUUACAGGUUCAGGCUUUGGCAUUUUGUAUAUGAGCUGCUUUCAUCAGAACAAGAAUGACGAGUUACAAAAUAAAGAGAAGAUUUUGUUUCUUA